CUCGACGAUCACUUCUCCCGACCAAGGUAUGUAUGUUUGGAGCGUACAAGUCAAACGAAGGCUGCUAUAUAAGUAGCAACAGCGGACGCUGAUCGUUUUGGAUCGAAUCCAUGCGUGUGCAGAAGCGCGUUGCCACCCAUUCCGAUUCGGGCGUUGCUGUUUCGGAACUUUGAGCCCUGCUGCGUGAAGGCAGCACCGCCGAAGACGUUCUUGUGCGUUCCGUUGCUUGGAUCCUUUUUCCUCGUUGCUCAUCGACUUCCCCCCUAUUCGCAUCGUGUGCGUUAGCAAAGAAACAAGACUACCAAAAUGCCGGUUCCGAGAAGACGCAAACCCAAGGGAGGCAGCCUCGCGGCCCUCUCGCCAACCKCGUUGCUGUCGGCCGCAUUCGAUAUCGACUACAUUUUCCAGCGAUCGAAGACGCUGCUGUAUUAUACKUUUGCACCCGCGGUGAUAUAUUAUGGAAUGACGACCGAACCCGCCCCUACCAGUUGGUUUGAAUUGAUUAACAUUUUUUAGAAUUGAAUAGAACCGAACGAAACGAAUCUGGAUGGGAUGAGACGAAAUAAAGUAUGAAAUGAAAU